AAAGAGGUUCACAUUUUCACAGCCCCAAAAUCACGAAAGCCAUAACGGCAACGCCAGACAACAUUUUAAACUCUCCAUUUCCAUCUUUCUCAGCUACCAAACAAAGCUUACACUCCACCAACAUCGGUUUCCUCGAAAAAGCUACAAUCUUUGAGGAUGUCAUCUGAAAGUGAGGACACGGCUAUAUCAACCUCGCCAAAAACCUUGUAUAAAGAUCCUGAUGAUGGGAGGCAGAGAUUUUUGCUCGAACUUGAAUUUGUUCAGUGUCUAGCUAAUCCUACUUACAUACACUAUUUGGCUCAAAAUCGCUAUUUUGAGGAUGAAGCUUUUAUUGGCUACUUGAGAUACCUUCAAUACUGGCAACGACCAGAGUAUGCAAAAUUUAUAAUGUAUCCCCAUUGCCUGUACUUUCUCGAACUUCUCCAAAAUGCAAACUUUCGCAGUUCAAUGGCACAUCCAGGCAACAAGGAGUUGGUGCAUAGGCAGCAAUUCUACUUCUGGAAGAACUUUAAGAACAACAGGCUGAAACACAUUAUAUCAAAGUCUCAACUUCAAGCUGCUGCUGCGACUCCAGCUUCUGUUUCUCCACCAUCCACACCACCUACAGCCAUUGCUGUUGUUUCUCCACCAUCCACACUUCCUACAACCAUUGCUGUUACUGCUCCUAUUGAUCCUCCUGAAUCAUCCAUUGCUGUUACAUCCAGCCCAACUGCUACAGUACAGGAGAUAAGUAGUGGGGUAGAUAGAUAGAGGAAGCAUGGUUCUUAUCUUUAGUUUAGCUAGUUUAGGGGAAAACUUUAACAAUGAAUUUUCUAUGUUACCAAGAGUCUUGUAGCUCAGUGGCAUUACAUGUUCUCUUUAUGGAGAACUUGGUUCAAAUCCCCUCCCCCACUUAUUGUAAGCAAAAUAAAAAGUGAAUUUCCUUUUUUCUUUUAGUUAAAUGAAGCUGUGUAAACCCCCAGUUAUACUGAUUCUUAUAUGAUUUCAUUACAGGAAAGAAGUUUGACAUAUGCUAUCAUCUAUCAUGAAUAUGUUGGAUGGAAUACAUUAAUGAAGGGCCUUUUUCCUUUUGUCAAAGGAGGGAAAAGAAAGGGAAUAAUAAUUUUCAAGGUAAUACUUCCUUUUCUUUGGGUUGAAGUUGAAGCAGGAUAGGCACUGAUUCUAAAUGAAUUUUGAUACUUGUAACCAGAAUUCUCAAGAUUUCUUAUAAGUGUAUUGAAGGUGGUAGAUAGAUUAAUUAUCAUUUGCAUAUGCUCACUCAGAAGUGGUGAAUGUUAUUUUA